UCAGCCGCCACAGUGAUCAGUGUCUGUUGUGAACGCGAACGCGUACGGAUUGUUUCGAGAAACGCGCGGAAAACCGGUACAAACAUUCCGCAGUGGAAAUUAGAAAGAAUUUUUUGUAGAAAACUUUGUUGUUCUAUUGGAAGCCAGUUUUUUUUAACACAAGUGAGAAGAUGGCCAAAUACGUUACGGACAAAGCGUUGUGCAAUGUCAGCCUGCGUAAUGCCUGCCUGGGCAUAUCGAUAUUCUUUCUGAUCAUGGUGGCGCUGGCCGUCAUAACGCAUCCAAGUUAUUUGCUCAAAAUUUCUUUCUUGGUAGGAUUUAUUAUUGAGCUGCUUGCCAAUUCGGCGCUGCUGUUCGGUGUUUUGAGGAGCAACGCUUGGCUAGUCUUGGCUUGGUUUGUCUUCGCCGUGCCGUUCUUCAUAGGUUGGCCCAUCGCAGUUUUGGGUGUGAUUUUCAAUUUUGGCGAUUAUCGCGCAGCUGCUUACGUCGACAAUGUAUUUCUUAUACUAUUCAUAUAUAUACUGGCUUUGGUGAUUUUCGGCUACUUCUCAUAUCUCGUCUACUCCUACUUCCAUCAAUUGCGGAAUAGUCAGUCAGCGACACCGCACGGCGUUGUUGUGUAAGUACAUAAUACACCUAUGUACUUAGCCAUAUACUGUGGUACAUACAUACAUACAUACAUUUGUAUAUGUAUGUAAAUGCAUUAUGAGUACAAAAUCGAAAACACCAAAAUAAGAUUUUUUUGUUGUAUAAUUCUAUGGCGGCAAUGUGUGCCCACCCUAAUGCAGUAAGCGAUUUUUUAUGUAUGCACUUUUAAAUUAUAUAUAUACAUACAUAUAUUAUAAAAUAAAAAUAAAAAUG